AUGACGGAUGUCACAGAACGCCAGAUCGUGAAAGAGGAUCGCCCCGACAGCGACGAGCAGCGAUCACUAGAGGCACCUGCUGUGGUCAAUACCGCAGUGUAG